AUGGUAGCAGCAAGCAUACUACUGCUUUUCAUUUGGAGUGUUCUUGUGGUGGCAAGCAAGCCGUUUCAAGAAUCGUUACAUUUAAAACCAUUACCUAAAAAUGGUUUGUUGGCAUCAUUUCAAUUUGAAGUUGAAUCAUUACCAGGAAGACUUGAUUACUUUAAUGAUAGCGCCAAAGAUGAAUCACAGUUACAAUUCAAAUCAAGUCAUUAUACAUAUUUCCCAAGAACAUUGGGACCUAUCAUAGAGUCUACAAAUACUAGACAAUUACAUUUACGAUUCACUCAAGGAUGGUGGGAUUCUAAAUCAUGGGGCAGUCUUCCUUUGGAUGGGUUUAAAAGCGGAGGUACUGGAGUGGAAAUGUGGACGGUGAUCGAAGCUCCUGAUUUGGAGUCAGCUAAAAAAAAUUGGUUUAAAUUAGCAGAGUCAUUAUCAGGAUUUUUUUGUGCAUCAUUAAAUUUCAUUGAUGAUUCAAUUACCACAUUACCGAAAUUCAAUACAGAAUCAAGAGAAGAAAAUUAUGUUGCAGAUCCAAGUAAUCAAUUAUUUUUAUUAAGAGCUGCAUUACCAAGUGAGCCAAUUUGCACUGAAAAUUUGACUCCUUUUCUUAAAUUAAUUCCCACCAGAGGUAAAGCAGGAAUUUCUAGUUUAUUGGAUGGACAUAAGGUUUUCGAUUCUUUAUGGCAUUCCAUGUCAAUUGAUGUCAAAUCAGAAUGUUUUGGAAAUGAGUGUAAAUUCAAAAUGAAUCAAAGUAUAAAUUCUGUUAUUGAUAUUACUAGAUCUCUCCGUAGAUCCAAAGAAGGUGGGAUUCCUAAACCAACUCGUGGAGAAGAUUUACGUUGUGAUUUGGAAAAAGAACAUGAUAUCUGGAAAUGUUUCCCUCUUCCUGAUCCAACUGAUCUUUCAUGGAAUUUAGAACUUAUUUAUGGUAAAAAAAUCAAGGGCCCUGCAUUUAAAGAUGAUCCUAAUUCCUCAAUAGUUUAUAUUGAUGUUGAACCUAAGCAUUGGAAUGUCAAUGUUGAAAAAAGUGAAGGAGACUCUUUUGAAUCACUUGUUUUAAAUGAUGGUUCUAAAUCUCGUAUUCAAUACAACAUUGAAGACGAUUCAUUUGAUUAUGAUUUUUCAUUUGAGACCGAGAACAGUACCGUCACUUUGCCGGUUGAUUCACCUCCAUUACACGUUUCUAGGUCAUUGACUGGUUAUUCACAAGAUCAAGGUGGGGUUCGUGUUUCUUUUAGAAAUCCAUUCCCUGAUAAACCAGUUCAAUUUGUUUAUUUCGAAAGUUUACCAUGGUUUAUUAGAUUAUAUUUACAUACCUUAACUUUGGAAGGAGAUGGUUUCAUUAAACAAAAGUAUUAUAAACCGGCCAUUGACCGGGUUAGACCUUCACAUUUAGAAUUUUUGAUUGAAAUACCGGCAGGAGGAUCAUUAGCUAUGACUUUCCAAUUUGAUAAAUCUUUAUUAUUAUAUGCUGAGUAUCCUCCUGAUGCAAAUCAUGGCUUCACCAUUGAACCUGCAGUUAUUUCAAUUUUAAACGACGAUUCGGAAACGGUAUACCAAUUAAGAACUACCAGUUUACUUCUCAGUCUUCCGACCCCAGAUUUCUCGAUGCCUUAUAAUGUCAUCAUAUUAACUUGUACAGUAAUGUCAUUAGCGUUUGGUUCGGUAUUCAAUUUGUUAACUAAGAAAGUUAUAACUGAAGAAGAACUAGAAAAAAUCACUGAAGCCAGUAAGUUGGCUCAAUUGAAGCAACGAGUAAAGGAAAAAGUUUCUUUACUCAAGUCUAUGUUUAAGCCUGCAAACUAG